UGCAGUAGGUCAUCCCAAGGUAUACUGUUACCAUAUACACUACUCUUUGUAUUUGUGUUGUAUUAUAUUUGAAUAUAUGGACAAUCUGAAUAAUAUUCAAAGUGCUAUUUGUGUUGUAUUAUAUUUGAAUGUGGACAAUCUGAAUAAAUAAUUUUCAAAAUUAAAAUAUAAAUAAAAUUGGUGUUUCCGUUUUUACCUCGUGAGCACAGAGAGAAAAUAGAAAGAAGUGUAAAACAAAACGUUUUCUAUUAUUGUUCCUUGUGGCUUGCUCAAGGGGUAAACAUUCUAAUUUCUAGGGUUUCGAUUUAGACCUUGGAUUCCUUUGAUCUCUAUCUCCACAGGUGUAUCCAGACGCUAGGAUUUGAGAAGACAAUGGCGAAUAGAUUAGACAAUGAGUAUGAUUACCUGUUCAAGGUCGUCCUAAUCGGUGACUCCGGUGUUGGCAAAUCCAACAUUCUCUCCAGAUUCACCAGAAACGAGUUCUGUCUCGAAUCCAAAUCCACCAUUGGCGUUGAGUUCGCCACCAGGACAUUACAGGUUGAAGGCAAAACAGUGAAGGCUCAGAUAUGGGACACAGCGGGACAAGAGCGUUACAGAGCGAUCACAAGCGCCUACUACAGAGGAGCUGUUGGAGCUCUUCUCGUCUACGACAUAACCAAGAGACAGACCUUCGAGAAUGUGCUGAGAUGGUUACACGAGCUUAGGGAUCACGCUGAUUCCAACAUUGUGAUCAUGAUGGCUGGAAACAAAUCAGAUCUAAACCACCUGAGAUCUGUUGCUGAUGAGGAUGGUCGGUCUUUGGCUGAGAAGGAAGGUUUGUCGUUUCUCGAGACGUCUGCUUUAGAGGCGAGUAACAUCGAGAAAGCGUUUCAGACGAUCUUGUCUGAUAUUUAUCAUAUCAUAAGCAAGAAAGCGUUGGCGGCACAAGAAGCUGCGGGUAAUCUUCCGGGGCAAGGAACUGCUAUUAACAUAUCGGAGUCAUCUGUAGAUAACAGGAAAGGAUGCUGUUCUACUUAGUCAUCUACUUAUCUCUUCCAGCUAUAGCAGCAAUGACUAAUCAUUUCAAUUAAUCACGUUUGUUUUCAAGAAUAUCUAUUUUGAACUUCUUUUUUUAUUAGCA